GCAAAUGUUGUACAUUCCCUUUAAGCUCUGACAGGAGCUUCUACUGUACAUGUCACUUGAUGGUCGAUCUGUCUGUCCCGAAAAUUGACUAAAAGUAUGGUGUUCCUAAUUGUGCCAUCGGCGUCGCAUUUUUUUCGGCGUCGCCCUUUUCAGCUCUGGCUGGGAUCAUUUUGAUGCAAGACUUCUUGCAACACGGCCAGGGCUUUUUUGUUUGCACUUGCUAUAGUUUAUCCUAUAUCCCUUUUCAACUGAUCUGAAUUAACAUAGCUCAUAUAUACACUUUAAAACAAGAAGGAAAAAUGGCCCUAUAUAGUCAGAUUGACCAAGACUCCGCGUUCUAUUAGGGCUAACCCUUUUCCGGGUUUAUAAAGGACAAUUUUCCGGCACAAAAUGACACUUUUUGCAAAUGUUUUCGGGUCAAAAUAGAAAGUGGUAUUUUUGACUCGGAAAGGCCCAAAAAAGAACGCAGAUUCCGGGUCAAUCUGAAAAGGGGAUUUGUAGAGUGAAUACUUAUAAUUGGGAAUGCCGUCAUUAUGAUUUGUAAUUGUCCCUAUUCGUUAUUAUGAACCGCAUUGUUGUUAGGAUUUAAUACCGGACCAUAAAUUGAUAAGAGUAUUAUGAUUCGUUAUCACAUCAUUUACUUUGAAGAUUACCGCGUAAACGUUAUGUUGGCUCCAGUCAGUAUCAGGCAGAUGCAGCAACAUAGCGUAUUAAGCAAACUUAUUAUUUAACAAUGCCAAAUUGCUUUGGCGUAUUCGCCAUAAGACUAGAGGUCAUUCAAUUAGUUGUAUCGCAGUUGAAUAACAGGUGAAUGGACACAUUUUUGUUUCGUCUGGAAUUGUUCUGAAGGUCAAAAAAAUGAGCACAUUUUGGAAGAUUCGUGAUGGGAACAACAUUAACAAGAAGACACUUCUCGUUUCGUUACUUCUCUUGUUUUCUGUCACACCAGCAGUGAAGGCCAGCAAAGACGGUGAUUUGCGUUUCGGAGGUUCCUCUAGGCACUACGAGGGCCGGCUGGAGAUAUUCUACGACGGCGAAUGGGGCACGAUAUGUGACGAUGAUUUUGGCAUCUCGGAGGCUAAUGUGGCGUGUCGUCAAAUGGGAUACGAGUAUGCGCUGGAUUAUACAGGUGGUUCAUACUUUGGCCCGGGCAGUGGUCCCGUAAUGCUGGAUCGCAUAUACUGCUGGGGUUCAGAAAGCCGUCUCGUUGAGUGUUACCACUCCCUCUGGAAAGUCACCGACUGCACUCACCAGGAGGACGUAGGAGUCAUCUGUUUUGAUGAGAGUGUGGUCCUCGCGCCAGUUUACAUCGUUGCUAUCAGCCUCUUAGCGAUUAUGAUACUGCUGUCCGUGACUUCUUGCCUUUGGAUAGCUGUGAAGAAUCGAAAGCGUUCCAGAUCUCGGACGAACCAGCUGUCCAACGACACCACGUCUCGACAACGGGGGAGGACGGAAUCGAACAGCAGUAUCGAUACUCCCGGGCAGCAGCGCGAGCUAUUCGGACCCUAUCCGCUUCUAUCGAUACCGCAACUGCCCGAGUAUUCGGAGACCGGUGACGCACCGCCGCCAUACGAGGUGGCGAUAGCUGAGCGCUCGGACUGCGUGAACGAGGUCGAGGAAGGCGGUGUCGAUAACGAAGGUUUUUCAAACGAGAACAACGAAUCGAAUUCGAAUAACCGAUCACAGGAGAAUCGACGAAAGGCCACAACGGAGCCGCCAUCAAAUGUGAUUGAAUCCCUCGGAGAGGGCGACAUUCUCAACACGGACAACGAAUCUGAAUAAACCACUAUUCUGUAAAACAUUUCAAACUUAUAUCCUUGUACUCUAUUACACGUAAUCUCUGUGCACACUGAUAUAGGCCGUAUUUUAUAUUUAUCAAGGAAAGUUAUUCAAAAUGUCUUAAAAUCGUUUAUAUUUCAAUUGAGGUUUUUUUUAGAAUAGCAUGGGGAUUCUUUGACUGAUUUUGAAUAUGUUCUAUUAUGUACAUAUAUUCUUCUUAAUAUUAAGAUCGUUUUAAUUUAGAUUUUUUUAGCAACGAAAUCCGCCAACUAAUAUUUACCAAAGAAAAAUGUGUACAUGUGUUAAAAAAAAAUUGUUCUCUGAAAUUAGUAAAAAAUGUUCAGCCCAGAAAUUUCUGAUCCAAAUUCAGUUUUGUUUUUAGCCCCACAUGUAUUUUGAUAUGUAACUGAAAGAACAAACAUAGAAUAGCAUUGUACAUCAGAUGUGAUUUAUGACAUUACUGAUAAUUACAUUUCUGCUUGUUUCAUGGGUAAUGUUAUUAUUUUCAAUAAAGGUCGUCUGAUAUUGCC